AUAGUGUUAAUUUCUGUGGUUUGACGUGACAAUCUCACUAGACAGCCUCUCUCACUUGUGUGACUCUACUUCUCGUUUUUAGCUGCAAGUCAACAGGAUGUGUGCCAAAACCACAUCAGUGUCAGAAGAGCUGUGCUGCCUGUUUCAACAUGUUGCAGUUGGGUCUGUCAUAAUCAAAUGAGCAGCAGUUAAAGCAGCAGCUGCAACUGCUUUAAGUUUAUCUCAAAUGACGAAAACUUUUCCUCUGGUCUGGACUAUACCUGGAUGAGCUAAAAAUGCUUUUGCUUUUGACAGAAGGCUAAUAUUUCACAAUAGCAUGGCUUGUCAGCUGCGGGCCAUGUAAAUAAGGGUGGGCUGUGGUAAGAGGAACAGGAAGAGAAGAGACGAGAGAGGGAAGGUAGCAAGGCAGACAGAAAGGGCGAGAGCUUGUCACGUCGGCAUGUGAAGCUCUUCAUUGCAAGGUUUUUUUUUUUCUUCAUAAAGAUAUUAACAAGAGAAGUGAUAAGCCAAAAAUGCUGUGGUCCCUCUGCGGUGAUUCCAAGAGGUGAUGCUUUGAAGAGAAAACGUUCAAAAAAGGUUGACAGUGAGAUUAAUGUACCGCACAGAGAUCAAAUUUGAAAUGGCUGAAGAGGGGCUGCUGGAGCGUCUUGUUAUCACCGAAGAGGGAGACAUUACUGAGAGUGUCACCCAAAGCGGUUCAGUUGUCAUCGUACAGAGCGGCAGCAGAGAGACGGCUAUGAAAAAGGAAGAGGAACACACAGGGGAGGACAAGACUGAAGAAGAUACAGCGAGUAAAAUGUAUUUAAUGGAGCAGAGCCCAGAAAAACAACAAGCCAACCCAGAGGACGACCAGACAGGGGAGGGAUUUGUGAUUAAAGAGGACAAAGCAGAGAAAACUGAGAACGUGAGUGAUGGACAUAAUAGAAGUGAGAGUGAGAGUGGAGGGCAGACACAUGUGAUGAUGAGGAUUAAUGACAAAGCUGAGAAACCCAGUGACAGAGAGGAUGAAAAUGUCACACAAAAUGACCCUCAAGUAGACACUGAGAAGUUAAAUAUCCCUGAGCAACAACCUGAAGGGACGGCAAGCCAAGAAGAGGAAACAAAAAAGGCUCACCGGUUAACCCCGGACUUCCCGGAGGCGCUGUACGAGCUGCUCUGCACCCUCCAGGAGGGGAGACGGCUCAAUGACCAGCGCUGCUCCUUCAGGAUGGAGAGUGGGAUGAGGAGGAGGAGGUGCCACUCCGAGCCCAACACCACCAAGCCGGCCAACAGAGUGGUCUUUUCCUCCAUGACUUCACUGCAGAAAGAGGAAUUUUUUGAGCUGGUGGCCACCGCUCAAGCCCGCCGGCUAGAUGACCAGAGGGCGAAGCUUGAAAAGUCACAACCACCAAAAACAAGAGCCAGGGGUUUCAGAGGCAGCAUAAAGCAGCUCUCUUUCGUGAGAAAGCCUGUGCCUGUGGCUGCCCCAGUUCCUGUGCCCGUGCCUAAAGAGGACCUGUAUAAUAUGAUUCUCACGACACAAGCCCAGGGCAGGCUGGAGGACCAGCGCAGCAGGGCUCCUGGUCCCAUGGACGAUGAGGACUUCUUCUCCCUGCUCCUGAGAGUCCAGGGGGGACGCAUGGACGAGCAGAGGACUGAACUACCAUGCCUGCUGCAAACCUGAGAUGGAAAAUAAGAAACUUUGGGGCUCAAUGACAGCCACCCAGUAUUGUAGUCUUUUUAGCCUGAUUUCUGUUAAAUCAGGGUUGUCUUUGUUGACCCCAAUGAUGCUUUGUUCUUAGGGAAAUGUUAUCCCCGUUGAUAGUGUUGGUCAGUGUUAAAGCUGUUGAGAUUGUAGCAAAAAACGCUAAUGUUUGAGCAACAGAGCUUUUAAUGUGACUCGAGGGAUGUUAGGAUGAAAUUGAUAAGUUUACUGCCAGUUAGCUAUUAUUUUCUUUUUUAGAAAUAAGAUCAGUAGAUAUGCUUCCUUAUCAUGCCAAAGUUUGUAUUUUAUUGAGUGUCUGUGAUGUGUGUGAAUGAUUUUGUGUGUGUUCCUGCGCUUCAUGUGGAGGAGGCAGUCUACUGAUCUCUUUUGUUUCUCCGUAUUUGUACAGUCGACAUUAAACACACCGGGGACGGUGUUGAGGAGAUAAUAGCUUCAAGGCCAAACAGUGGCUGUUGACUGUAUAAGGAUGAUUUUCCUCCAGAAAAUAAACACAUUGUGUAUCUGA